AUGGCUAUGGCUACCGCCGGCCUGGUUCGAGGUUCCCUCGCUCAGACAUGGUGCGGAAAGAACUAUAUGGCAAAUCAGUCUGUCGUGCCCCCUGGCGGACAGUUUGUCUUGCCCACACAAAGCGUUGAACCCCUUCUGUCGUUCCGCUGCGCCCCUGUCUUCCGUCCAUACCUCGAAGAGGAUGCGACGAGUGCAGCAUUUGUAGUUGACACACCAAUUGUUUAUGAUUGGAUCGCCGGUGCUGAGUCCAUCUCACUUCCUUCCAACUCGAACUCUUCUAGCGGCUCCAAUAGCCUAGGAAGCCUCAGUGUCACUAUCAACGUGGGCUCCAUCUACACCACUGCAAACGUUCCUCUGAACGCUACCGGCAUACAAAUUCCCGUAAAUAUCAGCGUUCUCAAGGCUCAGAAGGCCGCAUACAAUGUCACUUGCUCUGCCACAUAUUCUGCCCCUUCGUCUUCGGGGUCCCAGCCUGCAAACGAGCAGAAAUUCAAUACCAGCUCAUCCCUUUUGUAUCUCCCUGACACAAAUGCUUCUGUCACGAAGACGGACUUACGCACUGGUGCGCUCUGGGUGCGGCCUGCAAAUGGCAGUGGUGGAGCAUUUGCGCCAUUUAUCCCUCAAGGAUUCUACAUAAAUUUCGAACAGUAUCUGGCGACAAAUUUGACUAUGAUCGAUCAGCUCAAAGACGAUGGGUUUAAUACUAUCCACCCGAUUCCUCCUUAUGAUAACCUCACUAUCUUCCAACAAGUCAUCAACAAGACCAUCAGUGACGGCAUGUACAUUGUUUAUGAUAUGCGAUCAAACUACCAAAACUUGAGUGCCGUCGCCCAACAAGUAGACACUUACGCCUCGAUUCCCAACCUAUUGAACUGGGAGACCGCACACGAGCCCGAUGGCAACUCUGAUCCCCAAAAUGCGGCGCAGGCAACGUAUGACUUAAUUUACCAGUUGGACGGAUAUCAUCCUGUCUCUAUUGUUCUGAAUUGCGAAGACUACAACUUCUCGCCUUACAUCAAGGGAGCUGAUAUCGUUCUACAGGAUGCCUAUCCUAUUGGUAUCAAUGCGACAUGGUCUCCUGUGUGGAACACAGAGUGUACCCCGGACUUCGGUCACUGUGGUUGCGACAACUGUCAAGGGCAGGUAUGGGAUGUUAAGGCCCGUGUCCAAACCUUCAAAGAUAGACUCAACAUCUUGGGCUUUGACCGUACCAAGUCUGUGUGGACCACACCCCAAGCUUUCGGUAGUGCUGCAUACUGGAACACAACUCCCACUGGCUUGCAAUGGGCUGCUAUGGGAUUAACUUCCUUCAACCAUGGUGCUCUAGGUUCGAAGUCUUACCAAUACCCGACCGCAACCGGCAAUGUAUCGGCGAUUGAGGGGACGGCAGCUUCCCUCACUGUUCUCAUCAAAGACUACGUUCAGCCCUUCUUAGUCGACCCGAACGCUACAUCUGUCCGCUACAACUACCAGGGCGUGGAUGCUGGUCUCUGGUACAAUGGAACUUCAUACUUAGUCCUCCUUGUCAACAUGGACAACACAGGGUCGAAUAUCUACGUACCUUACCAGGAUAUAGGAUUGGGCUGGAUCACCGAUGCGACGAAACAGGUACAACGCGUAUUUUCCGUCUACGAGGUCCCCACUGCCCCUAACAAUCUUACCGGUGUAACGUUCCAACCUGGAGCAAUUGGUAUCCACAUUGCGACGCCCUGA